AUGGUUGAUAUCUUGGGAGUUACGGAUCAUUUGAAUACAAUACUACAAAGAAAAGAUCAAGAUAUCGUAAAUGCCAUGAAUCAAUUGAAGUCAUGGAUAUGGAAAAUGCAUAUUAUAAUGGAUAUAGUCGUUGAAGAUGUUCACAAAUAUGAUCUUCGAGUUCUUGAAGUGGAGCUUGGAAAUUACAUUAAAGAUGUACGAGAAAAUGAACAAUUUAAUGAUUUAAAGAGCAUUGGAGACAUUGCCAAAAAGAUGGUCAAAGAAAAGAAACAUAUAAUAUUUCCUAAGAUUUAUCUUCUUGUAAGACUUGCAUUGAUCUUACCCGUAGUAACAACAAGUAUGGAACCCGCGUUUUCAGCAAUGAAGUUGAUAAAUACUGAUAUACGCAACAAAAUGAGUGAUCAAUUUUUUAGUGAUAGUUUAGUGUCGUAUGUUGAAAAAAAUGUUUUACAAGGUAUCGGUAACGACGCAAUUGUGAAAGUGUUUCAAGAUAUAAGACCUCGUAGGGUUCAAUCGUAA